UGAUAGCUGUCAGUUUUUGUUAAUCUUUCUUACUCAAAAAAAUCUCCUUCGUUACAAUAUAAAUAAAAUAAAUGCUUGAAUUAGAGUGUAUAACAAGUGUUUGUGACUUCAUUGAAAACCUUAUCACAAAGUUGUCGUAAUUAUAGAGAUAAAAAUUUUGAGGUUAUAUUAUUAAACACUUUAUUUACUUUACGCAUAAUAAUACUAAAACGUAAAGGAUAAAUAACAAAAAGAUAAAUAGCUAAAAUAAGCAAAGAACAGGCACAAAGUAUGAAUAGUAUAAAGUAUGAAUAGUCUUAAAAGAAUUGAAUGACCUUUAUUUAUAAUGUUUAGUAUCGAUAUAAUGAAUAAAUAAAAAUAAAUCCAACGUACUCUUAAUUGGUUAGAUUUACUCUUCAAUGAAAACAUGAGAAACUAUAGCCGCAAGCGUCCCAAUAACCUGCUAAUAGAGAAUGUGCAGGAGUUGUGCAGGCUAUGCCUCAAUAAGCCGGCGGAGUGGAUGCAGAUAUUCACUGAAGGCUCAGACGACAUCUGUGCGACCCUUGCAUUGAGAAUCAUGAUCUGUGUGGGACUUGAGGUGACAAGGGAAGAAUGUUUACCAAAUAUAAUAUGUACAGAAUGUUAUAAGGAGUUAGACAAAUACUAUGCAUUUAGAAAGAAAUGUGAAGCGACAUAUCAAAAGCUCAAGUCCCAUGCACAGGCAGUGAAAGAGAAACAGGCUAAAGAGAGGAUGGAAAAGGAGGCUGCAGUGAAGCCGGUGUCGGACCUGGAGAAGUUUGUGGUCACUUUUGAUGGUGAUCAGUUUUCAGAGGUCAAUGCCCUGAACCUUAAUGGUGUCGCCCAAGCUAAUAACUUUGCAGAAAAACUACCUCUUAACAUGACUAUAGAAGACAGUGUAGAAAUAAGAAUACCAGAAGAUAAUACGCUAGUACAAGGCCAACAAGAAUCAGUAGAAGUAGACCCCGAUCUAGACAUAACAACGUUUCUAUCAUCGAUGCUGGUGGAGCUUGGUAUCCUCACACAGAACGAGCACGGCCUGCUCUACGCUAACCAUAACAUCAGCACUCUGGAGCUGGAGACGGGGGAUGGGAGUCAGCUCACGUUGGAGAUCAUGGAGGACAACUCUGAGAUUCCUCUCCCAACCAAACAAGAAGGAAAUGAAGAGACGCAGGAAGUAGGGCAAGUGACGGAGACCAUUGAGGAAGUUCAGCCCGCUGAAGUGUCGCCGCCGCCGGAGGAGGGCGACCCGGCGCCCGACCAAGAGAUCCUCAUCAAGUAUGUGGAGUCCAGCUCACGCAUCGCCACCAAGUUCAGCUCAGAGAGUAAAUGCGGCAUGUGGUGCGUGGAGUGCGGCAAGCGCUACGCGUCCCGCAGCGCGCUGGCGCGGCACUCGCGCGUGCACUCGGGGGAGCGGCCCUUCGCCUGCCCGCACUGCGCGCGCCGCUUCUCGCAGCGGGAGAUCAUGCUGCGACACGCGCUCGUGCACGACGCCCGGCGGCCUCACGCCUGCCCGCAGUGCAGCAAGUCCUUCACGCAGCGCGCGUCGCUGGCGCUGCACGUGCGCCGCCACGCGCCGCCGGACGCGCGCGCGCUCGCGCUGCACCGCUGCGACCGCUGCCCCAAGGUGUUCCUGCAUGCCUCCGGUUUGAGUAGGCACAUAAUGAUGCACAACGGUCGUGUGUUCAUGUGCGGCGCGUGCGAGCGACAGUUCAAGGACAAGAGCUCGCUGCUGCGACAUCUGAAGAACGCCAACCACGCGGCCGCGGACAGCGCCGCCUGACCCGCGACACGCACCCGCGUGGUCAGGUACCCACUACACACUUGAUAGAGGAUGGUACUGCAAUCAUGAGCCACCAGAGUGCAGCACUAGCACACACAGUAAACAACCACCAAGUGAUACGUUCGCGAAUAGAAUAGUGAAUACCCAAUUGUUACAUUUAAAUAAUUCGGUGCGAGAUUGUGUACUAUGGCAGUUUGUUUACUGUAUGCUUUGUUGCGCCUCCUGCGCCGAGCUAUAUUGCUCCUAUAGUGAGAAAUGCAUCGAUGCGUCAUGAUUCACGACGACCAUCGCUCAAACUUGAAUAAGCAUGUAUAGUAGCUCUAUUAUCGUUCAAGUUACGUACUUAACUGAUUAUAAUUUGUAUCAAAUUGUAACUAUUUGAAUGUACUGGCCAUGCUCAUAGCAGCCAACUUUGGGAUGAAAUAUGAAUUUAAAGAAUGAUGUAGGUUGUGUGGGCAGUUUCGGCCGAGUUUAAGGAAAUGUUGUAGUUUUCAAGAGAUUACCUUUAUUUUUGUAAUGGUAGUUACUUGUUUAGAUUUAGAGACUAUACGUGUCUUUUUGUGCCUCGUCAUACAAGUGAAAUCUUCUUUAUACUUAUGUGGAGGUCAGACGCUUUCAUAUUUGUAAUGGCAAGAAGCUUCGCAAUAAUGAAGAAUUCACAGACACGUGACAUUGUCAGUGUUGACUGAAGUUUUUUUAAUGAUUUUAUAAGAAAAAAAAAACAUGUGAUUUAUAGUUAUAAUUAGAGCAAUGAAUUGACAA